AUGAAGUGGACUAAUGCAGUCAUUGGCUUACUCUGCGGUCUGUUCGUCGGGUCCACAGUUUGUACCGAGCACGAUAUGUUAAACCCGCGCAUAAUCAUUGUUGGAGCCGGAGCGGCAGGCGUGGCCGCGGUUAGCAAACUCUACCAAGGUGGUUUAACGAAUUUGACGGUUCUCGAGGCAUCGGAGCGCUAUGGAGGACGCAUCCGUACGACUCCGUUCGGUAGUGCUGGCGUCGUGGAGCUGGGUGCGCAAUGGUGCCAUGGUGAGCAGGGAAAUGUGGUAUACCAGAUGGCGUCCCGGUUUCCCGGUUUGUUAAAAUCAUCCAUUGCCAAAAAAGAACUCACUCUCGUACGUUCAAAUGGCGAGAGGAUAGAUCCGACAGUGUUUGGACAAUUAAUGGCGCUUGCGGAGGAAAUUGAAGAGUUGGACGAGCGCCACGAGUUCGACGGAAGCUUCGGGGCGUUUUUCGAAGCCAAAUUUUGGGAAAAACUAGACAUUGAUGAGGUCUACCGUGGCGUAGACCACGAGUUGGCGCGACAGUUUCUUGUGUACUAUCAUAAUUACAAUCGUGGCUACAGUGCCUACGAUUCUUGGUACGACGUUGCGGCUCAUGAAGCAGAUAGUUUUGAAAUUACCGAAGGCGAUCAAUUGCUGGCAUGGACCGGGACGCGAGGCUAUUCCUCCAUUUUAGAUAUUCUUUCGGGAAACUAUCCGGGAUCCGAUACUAGCACACGAGUGCCGUUGGAUGCGCUGACUAUCUUUAAUAAGUUUGUUACCAACAUUAAAUGGCAAGGAGCUCCCGGUAACUCCGUCGUUGUAACCACCGAAGACGGAGCGCGCUACGACGCUAACCAUGUGAUUGUAACGGUCUCCUUGGGGGUGCUGAAGGAAAAUUACCGCACCAUGUUCACACCACCGCUACCCUUCGUUAACCGACAGGCCAUCGAAGGAAUCCAUUUCGGGGCGGUGAACAAGAUUUUCCUACUUUUCGAUGCUCCUAUUCCGGCACAGUUUGGAAAUGCUAUAAGCCUGCUGUGGUACGAACGAGAUCUGCUGGCACUAAACCAGACACAGCACGCCUGGACGGAAGCAGUGUCCUUUUUCUAUCGAGUGGAUGGCCAACCAAACGUCCUUUGCGCUUGGUUAAAUGGCCCCUUAGGUAGGCAAGCAGAAUUGCUGCCCGAUGACACGAUCCGGGAAGGCUUGCUUCAUCUUCUCAGUGUAUUUGUUAACAAAAUCGAGUUUGGAGAGGUUCUUGCUAUCGUGAAGUCCAACUGGUCAUCCAACCGUUUCUUCCGCGGCUCAUACUCUAGCCGAUCGAUAGCCACGGAACGCAUGCAAACGGGCGCCAAAUAUCUUGCCUAUCCGCUGAUGGACACCAACACCACACCACGGGUCCUGAUGGCCGGGGAAGCCACCAUGGAGAAGUAUUAUUCCACCGUUCACGGAGCAGUCGCCAGUGGACAGCGUGAAGCGAACCGUUUGAUUGAUCUGUACAAACAAAAGGGAAACUCGAAUGAUCAAUAA